CGGGGGUUGGCGUAGUCCUUGAUUUUGCUGCUCCACCUUUCGCUGCCCCGUGGUCGGUCGUGCGGACCAGUAUUGGCCCGAAGUUUGACACGUCGCCAGCCCCACGCUUCAUGGAACGUGAUCCUUGCGUUUUAGCCAUUUUGGCUCAAGGGAGGUCUCUGCGCGUUCUGUCUCGCCGCAGUAAACAGAAGUAGACCAGCGAGGAAUGGCGCUAGCUCGCAGGAUAUUCCUGUGCAGUUUCUUGCUGGCCGCGUCAUGCGGUCGUGCCCGCGCAGAUGAGGCCGAGCCGGAGGACAAGGUCGUCGACGGCUUUACCGGAGCAGACAGGGAGAAGAUGAAAGAUGGCGAGGAAAAGCACGAAUUCCAGGCCGAGGUUAGCCGCCUCAUGGACAUCAUCAUCAACUCUCUGUACACCGACAAGCAGGUGUUCCUUCGCGAGCUGAUCUCCAACGCCGCCGACGCGCUAGAGAAGGCCCGGUUCCACAGUGUUCAGGACGACAGCUUCCUGGGUGAUGCAAAGGAUCUGGAGGUCAAGAUCGAGAUGGAUCCGGAUGCCAAGACGCUGUCCAUCCAGGACCCUGAUAUCGACCUCGUCGGAGGCCGACUUGAUCAACAACUUGGGCACCGUGGCCAAAUCAGGGACUACGAACUUCCUCGAGGCGAUGGCUGAGGGGGCGGACACCAACCUUAUCGGCCAGUUCGGUGUCGGCUUCUACUCUGCCUUCUUGGUGGCGGACAAGGUGUCGGUGACGUCCAAGUGCAACGACGAUCCCGUGCAGCACGUCUGGGAGUCCAGCGCGGACGCCUCCUUCACGGUGGUUCCCGACCCCCGCGGGAACACGCUCGGCCGUGGAUCGCGUGUGACCCUGCACCUGAAAGAAGACGCUCACGACUACCUCUCCGAAAGCAAGCUUAAGGACGUGGCGAAGAAGUACUCCCAAUUCAUUCAGUUCCCCAUCUACGUCAAAGUGAAAAAGGAGGUCGAGGCUGAGGCCGACGAGGAUGAUGACGAAGACCACGAGAAGGACGAGGACGACGUCGAAACUAAAGACGACGAGGAAAAGGAAGAAGAGGAGAAGGAGGACAAGAAGCCCGAGAAGAAGACUGUGUAUGAGUGGGAGCAGGUGAACACACAGAAGGCCAUCUGGCUGCGUAACAAGGAGGACGUGACCGAGGAGGAGUACUCAGAGUUCUACAAGAGCAUCUCGAAGGACUACCUGGACCCGCUGGCGUACACGCACUUCAACGCCGAGGGAGAAAUCGAGUUCAAGUCUAUUUUGUACCUGCCCAAGAAAGCUCCUUUCGACAUGAUGGACAACUAUCAUCAGAAGAAGUCCGAGGUGAAACUUUUCGUUCGCCGCGUUCUGGUGGCGGAGAAGUUCGACGAGCUGCUGCCGAGGUACCUCAAUUUUGUUCGCGGUGUCGUCGACUCCGACGACCUGCCGUUGAACGUGUCUCGCGAGCAGCUGCAGCAGAAUAAGAUCAUGAAGGUGAUCUCCAAGAAGCUGGUGCGCAAGGUGCUCGAGCUAAUGAAGAAGUUGUCGAAGGAGGAAGAGUCCGGCGACGACGAGGAAGAGGAAGGCGAUGAGGAAGAGGAGAAGAAGGAUGGCGAGGCAAAGGAGGAGAAGAAGGAGAAAAAGGAUGACGAGGAAGGCACUUUCACGAAGUUCUACAAGGAGUUCAACAAAAACUUGAAGAUGGGUUGUUACGAGGACGACUCGAACCGCUCCAAGCUUUCCAAGCUGCUACGAUUCCUCACCACCAAGUCCGAAGGUAAGGAGAUCAGCUUGGACAAGUACCUGGACCGCAUGCAGGAGAGCCAGGAAAGCAUUUACUACAUGUCCGGGGACUCAGAGGAGACGAUGAAGAAGGCCCCUGCCCUCCAGAUCUUCAAAAAGAAGGACCUGGAGGUGCUCAUGCUGUCCGACCACCUUGAUGAGCCCUGCAUCCAAAAGCUGGCGGACUACGAGGGUAAGAAAUUCGUCUCGAUCCAGAAGGCCGAUGUGAAACUCGACGAGUCUGAGGAGGAGAAGAAGAAGUUCACCAAGAUCAAGGACAUGUACAAGCCCCUCACCGAUUGGUGGAAGGAGACGCUCACCGCCUUUACCGAGAAGGGUGCUAUGAAGGAGUCUGGGGUGAAGAUCGAGAAGGUGGAGGUGUCGAAGCGUCUGACAGACUCUCCAGUGGUCGUGGUGACAUCGCAGUUCGGCUACUCGGCGCAGCAGGAGAGGGUCAUGAAGGCCCAGGCGUUCCAGAACAAGGACCAGAUGUCCAUGAUGGCAGGCCGCAAGACCCUGGAGGUCAACCCGAACCACCCCGUCGUCGUCGACCUCCUGGCCAAGGUGAAGGCCAACAAGGAGGACCCCGCGGCCCUGGACACGGCGCAGGUGCUGUUCCAGACUGCGCUUAUCGAGUCUGGCUACGACAUUGCCGACCCCUCCGCCCUGGUAAAUCGUGUGUACCGGCUGAUGUCCAAGGAGCUGGGCGUGGACCCGGACGCCCCCCUGAAGGAGGUGGAGGUGCCGGAAGAUGAGGAAGAGGCCGAAGAAGAGGAGGAAGAUGAUAAGGACGAGGACGAGGAGAAGGAGAAGAAGGAGAAGGAGGAGCUGUGAGCUGGACUCCCGGCCCGAGCGUUGGACCAGCAGGAAGCGCGCUUGCAGAGGUCCUGCUUGAGGGCCCUGCGCACGCGCUCCCGCCGUAGUGGCGAUCGCAUUCUAGCGUAGUCUUCGCUCUCGGGUGCGCGGUUCUGACGGCGUUUGUCCGCCGUCGUCUCUUUUCCAGGGCUGUUGAGUGUGACGCCCAAUGAGGCAAGCGAGGAUAUCUCCUCAUAUACCUGUGGAUCGCGUUCCACAAUGCGCACUCUGAAAAG